UUCUGCGGGGAACCUGCGACGGAUGGGGUCAUUCCCAAAUGGCCCUUGUGCUGGUCUGGCGUGCAGGGUGCCACCCUGCGCCCCACAAACACCUUCCUGCUGGGCUGUGGGGUUUAGUGGAACCCCAAUGGAUGGCAAAGAUGUGGCUGGGACUGGGGUGGGGCUCAGGAGCACCUCCAGCACCGAUGCCGCAGCGGCCACCACCUCUGUAGCAUCAAUGCCUAUUGUCCCUGGGGUCCUGGUGGCACAGGGGACAUGCAUGCACUGGCACAGCACCCCUAACCAAGCUCCCAGUCCCCGCAUUUUGCUCUCACAUCCUGGUGUUGUUGGGAAAUGGUGAGAUCCCCACCAUGGGAUGACCCAUCCCUGAGCCAGCCGGUGCCCGGUGCCCGUUCCCACACGGUGCUGGGUGGCUGUGCCGGGCCGGGCUGGAUGGGGAACCAUCACUGUGGCCGGGAAGGAGGCGUUUCCCAGCCCCACGCUGGCCCUGGGCCAGGCUCCGAAAUGAGACGCCUUGCACCACACCGCAGCUGGCGGCGCGCAGGGAGCUCCCACUCACACCUCCCCGUGGUAUAAAACCCCGGCGUGCCACAGCCCGCGCAGAUCCAGGAGAGCCCGUGGAGCAGGUAAGUGGCCCAUCUGCCACCACGGGAUGGGGGUCUGUGCCCAGGGGUCCCACCGCCCCUCCACACCACCCCUGCUCCCACGCUUGGCUCUGCCACGACUUGCUGCUGAGGCAGGGACGCUCCUGCUGCUGGGACAUGUCCCAGCAGCUCACCGCAUCCUGGGGCUUCUUCCUCACCCUGCGCUCAGUCCCGGUGCUGAAGGAGGGGAAACUCCCCCCAAGCCGAGAGCUGAGCCUGGCUUUCUUCCCCGCCAGCUCCUCCAGACCCCACCGGAGAAGACAGCCCCCCAGCCUCAGCCACCAAGGAUCUACAGACGCCGCGAGGACCAGCAUGGGCCAGUGCAACUGCCGCAAGAAGCGCAAGGACUGCCAGGAGCUCACCGACGUGGAGCGGGCCAUCGAGACCGUCAUCAACCAGUUCCACUGCUAUGCAGUGAAGGGGCAGAAGGAGUAUCUGACGCCUAACGAGAUGCAGGAGCUGGUGGUACAGAAGCUGCCCCACCUGGGGAAGUGCGUUGGACCACUGGACGAGAAGAUCGAAUGCAUGGGAGACCCUGACGAAGCCAAGCUGGAGUUCGGAGAGUACUGGGACAUGAUGGGGGACGCAGCCAAGGGCUGCCGGAGGAAGUAGAGGGUGGUGGGAGACGGGAAGGCGCCCGAGGCCUCAGGCUCUGCACCGAGAAACGUGAGAGGCUGCUGGUCCCGGUGGGAUGCGCCUGGGAAAAUGCAGCGUUGCCCCUGAGGGGGCUCGUCUCCUCCCCGCGUCCCCAGCCAGGGCAGAGGGAUCCCCCUCCCCGGCUCCAUCCCUGCCCUCUCUCGACUCUCCUUCCCGUCAGGAAACCUCCCUUCCCAUCCCCAGCUCUGGCCCGUGCCGCGGCGGGAGGGAGGUGGCAAGGGGGUUCCUGGCUCUGGCUCUGGAGCUGCCUUUCUCCAUCCUUUGCUCCAGAGACUUUACCCCCAGAGCUGUCCCACCUCCGGCCCUGAAAACCCUCCAGUUGCAGGUCCCCCAGCCCCAGAGCAUCGCAGUGAGAGGGACUUGGCUCCUUUCCCCCCAAAUCCCUUGGAUGUGCAGGCUCGUCCCCCCGGCCCUGUGCCCUGCCACCCGACGGGAGCCCCUUUGCCACAGUUCUGCCUUCGAGCACCUCGGGGGCCAUCCCGGGCUCCAGGCCGGUAUCGACACUGCCGCGCAUGGCCUGGGUGUAUUCCCUGCUCUGCCUCCGGUGCAGGGACUGUGGUGCCCUGCGCCUGCCCAGGUUUCGGGGUGCCACCUGCAUGGUGCUCCCCCACCUGCCCCUCUCCAGGGAUGCUGGCCCCUGGCUGGCGGCUGGGCUCGGGGCUGGGAUGGUGGCGGGUUGUUAUCAGCUUGCGUCACUUGCAACCAUUUUUGUAUAAAUUAAUAAAGGAAAAC